AGUUGUCAACAACACGGAUAGCUGAAACAGAUUUCUGGAUCUGUCGACUUUCGUACACAAGUACGAAGUGUAUGUGGCUGGAGACUUAGGAGUUAGGUCCACUUCCUUAUUUACACAAGGCUUUUUUGUUAUCUGAGCCUGCUGUGGGCUCGUAGAUAGCUAUUUUUUCGAUCGUCAAACAGUGUAGUCUUAAUCCGAUGUUCGGUGGAUGGAAUGGUGUCAGGGCUGGUCACUAAAAAAAAUCAAAGUGAAUUGGAAAAAAGAGUAAACUUCAGUGUUUUUUUUUAAACAACAAUAUAAAAUUUACUUAUAAAAUGGGUCAAUGUGUAAGCCAAGAACCAAUGUUUCCACAUCGUCAAGCUAUCUUGGCACCAGCUUGUAAUGCCUCUGUGUCUGACACAAGUCAUGACAAUCAUUCUCAUGCAGAAUUUAGUGAUUCAACUGUGCCAGAAAAUUCAAACUUGGAUGACCUAACAAAAUUGGAUGCCACUUCAGAAUACUAUGAUGGUGUCUCUAGGAAACAUCCAACAAGAAAGAGCCUGGGAAAAGCAAGCAUUGCUAGCUUUUUGCCGAAAGUCAAAGGAUCUUCAAUUCGCUCAAAAUCAGAGAAAGAUAAUCAUUUAAGUGCUGCUUUUAACAUGUCAUUCAACAAAUUUGAAGUAGUUAGGCUUGAUGUUAAUACAGCUACAGAAGAAGAGUUAAUGACUCUGACUGGAAUCACCAGGAAUAUAGCUCACACAAUUAUUGAACACAGAAAUGUUAUCGGAGCAUUCAAAAAAGUGGAAGACCUUGCUCUAGUAACAGGAGUUGGUGCUGCAAAAUUACAAACUAUCAAACCAGAAAUCUGCGUCGGCAAAAAAGUCCCAAGUUCAACAGCGUCUAUAAUUACUGGGAAUCCUUCCAUUAAUAGUCUGAAUGGAAAUGCAGAAACCAUUUCAAUCGCUUCCUCUCCCAAACCUGAUCGGCCACGACGACAACGGCGCCGAGACCCAGUUAACAUCAAUACCGCAUCCAUCUUUCAGCUUAUGACUGUUGAUGGCAUCACUCAAGAAUUAGCAGCGCACUUAGUACAUUACAGAGAAAAAAAGGGCCCUUUUAAAACGCUGUACGAUUUACGAAAAGUCACCGGUUUCAACACGCGACUUAUAUCUGCUUUGGGACCUUAUUUAGCAUUGGAGAGUAGUCAUAUUGCAACUCCGAAUGGCCAGCAGCAAACGCAAAAUGGAAAUUUGCACAGUCAUAGAAGAACUGCUUCGUUGCCGUCAGGUCCUCUUUUAAACACGGGCGGAUUUAUCAGGCCGACUUCACCUCUUCUUUCCAGUCCUUCACCUGUAUUCCCAUCCUUGUCCCAGUUUACAAGAGUGCUCGAUGAAACACAAAGUGUCCUAGAUGCCAAUGAUGCCGCACAAUCCAUCAAUGGAGAUCCGGUUGAGCCCUGCGAAAAUGGAUUACGUAUUUUGAGUUGGAAUUUGGAUGGUUUAAGUGUGGAGAAGGCACAAAACCCAGGCGUUGUUAAUGUCGUGGGCAACUUGUUAACCCGUUAUCACAUUAAAAUAGCGAUCAUUGAAGGCAUUGAAGAUCCUCUUGGUCUUAAGGAGUUAUGUGAAAAUAUCAACAAAUUAGAAGGAAUGUCAACUGAGCCUUAUUUGUGCACAACAACUGAUGGAAGGGUUGGUUACUUACACCGAGUGGCCUUGCAAGUUAAGGACUCAACAUCGUGUACUCAGCUACCAAUUCAUUUAGCGACAGUCGAGUACUUCAAUGUCGUACUCGCUCUAGUCUCUUGCUCCCUUACAAACGCAGCUGAUAACACAUCGACAGCUCUUGUUCCACAAUUAGUCAAGUCUAUAAUGGAUCUCUCGCGAACCGAACGUAUUCUCUGCAUGGUGGAUCUAAGUCAAACAAACCAUUCACUCUAUGUCGAAGAGUUCCAGAAUUUGGGUUAUCGACCUGUGGUGCCGAAAGGAGAGUCAACCUGUUACUUACAAAGAAAAUCGGAAGCUACAAAGGAGAUUUAUAGUAAUGUUCUAGUCAGCCGUUACUCCCAGAAAGGUCUCACUGGUUCUUGUGGGGUUAUCCGGAAUGGAUUAACUCAUAUACUUAUCCCGAACGGUUGGAGUUGGAAUGGCCCUGUUUCUAUGUUUUGUCCUAUUUGGGUAGAGUUUAAAGAAGAUGAGGAAGGUGACUAAACCUUAGAUUGUGUUUUUUUUUUUAUUAUUUGAACGUUUAAAGGAAGUUGGAGGCGCCCACUCAAUUAUUUGCUCUAUUUUUUUUUUAUUAAACUCAUCGGGAUGAUGCUUUUGACAAAUCCACCCAUACUCCCCCUUCUUUUAGCUCAUAUUGGGAAAAAGUGCCUUCCUUAACUGGACGGUAUAUGCGUGCAAUUUUUCUCCAGUACAUUUCAUGUUCAUUUAUUUGACGUAAAGUGAUUUAAUUCAAUGACACAAAUUUCACAUUAACCUGAUAUACCUGUCACAUUCUUGAUACAUUUAACUAACAGUAUUGCAAACUUAGAAUUGAUUUCGCUUUCGUGUUAAGUAAAAAGCUUUCGUACAAGUCGAAAAAACAACGCGACAUGUAGACAGUGCUGAUGAUUACAAACAAAUAAUCAAAGACUAGUAGAA